CUAACUCUUGAUAAGCAUCUGACUUAACUGAUGGAGCAGAAGAACAAAGGCGUACCAGGGAACAGCCUACUGGCUGUGAGCAUUCAACAUGCCAAGGCAUUAGUGAGUAAGUCUCAUAUAAGCAGUGUCAGGAAACCAGGGUCAAUUAAGCCCACAACAGUUAAGAAGGACUUUAUUGAGCUUGUUCACCAUCUGACAUCAAGCCCUGGCUAUACCUGGGGUGAAUUACGUGGGAAGGUUUAAAACAACAGAUGCUCUAGCACCCCUGAGACUAUGUAUGCGGUAUGAGGUGAGGUGUGGGCAUUUCUAAAAGCUCCCUGAUUCUAACAAGCAGGCUUGAGGACCUGUUGGCCAGAAGGGAAGUUCUUUGAGGUGGGGUUCACCUCUUAGGUCUCACAAGGAACUGGUGCUAUUUCUGGCCACAGCAGGUCCUCAAGUCCUAGCUGUUAAAGGAGCAAAUGGUGGCCACUGGGUUCCAAGCACCACGGCAAGCCUUUAUUCCCUUUAUAGUUUCCCUAUAGCACCAGUGGGUAGGAACCAACCACACAAAGCAGCUGAGGCCAUGCCUAACAGGCAGACAAAGGCACCAAGGGAGAAGCUAGGUCUCAGUGGCGAUAAACAAUUCCAGAAACUAGUGCCAGGAGAUGCCAGCUGGGGCUGCAGUUAAUCAUUCACCCUGCACCACAGGAAGCAAUGCCUAUGUGGCAGUCCCAGCCUCAGCACUACCCAAGCUCCGGACAGGCCCUCUCUAUUGACAGGUCAUCUGGACAGAGGAAAGCCAAGGCCCAGCCACAGGUGAGGGGGACAGUUCUAGACCCACCUAAAGCACGGAAGGACUACCCUAACUUGCCCUUGUGGGACACAGGACUUUUAACAGCAUAGUCAGCUGCCUCCAGGGAAGUUUACCGAGGUCAGAGCCGAUGUCAAUCCACCCCCUGGCUCCUACGCUGAUUUCUCAAAAUGCUUCCCAGGUUCAUGUGGACCAAGUGAAGACAAUCUGGAAUGAUGAGUUCUGGGAGAAUCCCUGGGAGAAGGGGGGCCUUGCAGUGAUCGGCGUAUUUAUCACUACAGUACUGCUCCUCAUGCUGUUUGCUAUUGUAUUUGGUUUAUUCCACCCAACAGAAGACAACCCAUGAAUGUGUCUACUCAAAUACUGGAUCUGACUAGCAAGAUGGGGAGGCUGAUCCGAGACCGAUUCUGGCUACCCCUCCUCUGCCAACAUCAGGACUCUGACAGCACAAGCAGAGUCUCUCCACUGCCGCAGAUGAGAGGACCAAUGGUCUUCCAAUGGGCUCUCAGGCUCAGCCAGCAACUUCACAAAACAACCAAAUGAAGUAAAAAUUCCUUUUCAGAUCUGCUAACUUGUGAGAGGUCAUUUUCUACCUAGACCAAGAACAAGCUUCCUCGCAGAGCCUGCAAAUCCUUGCAUGGCCCAGCACUGU